AGACCUAUGUGAAAUUGGUCGGAUUCGUCGAUCAUCGUCGCAACAAAGAAUCCCGCUGAUGUUAUCACAGUAUUGCGCCAUUUUCCGCGAACUGAGUCACGCUUAAUAGAGACCCGGCAGCAGAUACAAAUAUGAGACACAACUGAACUGGUUUGAGCAGGCGAAGAGCAAGGGCGAUAUAGUGCCGUCAAGAUGGACGGAUUGCAGACGGAGUACCAGCGACUCGAGUCGACCGACGAUGCUGACCAUGAUGAGCGAAACGUCAUGCUUCACGUUACCGAUGACAGUGGAAAAGCAGCUCGAUGGAAUCACAUCGAAAACCUGGAUGAAUUCUUCACAAGAAUCUACCAUUACCAUCAAAAGCAUGGUUACCUGUGUAUGAUGAUGGCCCAGGUGUUUGAGUUGGUGCAAUUUGUGUUCAUCGUGCUGUUCUCCAUGUUUCUGCUGCGCUGCGUGGAUUACAACAUCCUGUUUGGGGACACGAAGCCGGAGGGUGUCACCAAGGUUGCACUGACCGAUGCCUUCAUACCCCUCAACCAGUGCUCCAAAGAUCCACCAGCAGUAUUGGUGAUUUGCAUCAUCAUAGCUGGUAUCUUCUGGGUUCAUCGGCUCAUCCGUUUUGUCUACAAUGCCCUGCAUUACUGGGAGAUCAGGGCCUUCUAUAGGAUAGCUCUGAAGAUAACUUCAAAUGAUCUACUGAACGUGACGUGGCACGACGUCUUGAAGCGAGUCCAGGAGGUCCAGAAGGAACAGAGAAUGUGCAUACACAAAGCUGAGCUCACGGAACUCGACAUCUAUCAUCGUAUUCUCCGAUUCAAGAACUACUCCAUAGCCAUGGUCAACAAAUCGCUGGUACCACUUCAGCUCAGAGUUCCGUUCUUAGGUGAACUAGUGAUAUUAACAAACGGACUGAAAUACAACCUUGAGAUGAUCCUCUUCUGGGGGCCAUGGGCUCCCUUCCAGAACUACUGGCAUCUCAAGGAAGAAUACAAACGUGCUGCCAAGAGAGAGGAGCUGGCUAGGCAGUUGUCCAAACAUAUCCUCUGGAUAGCUCUGGCAAACUUCGUUCUCUGCCCAUUCAUACUGCUCUGGCAAAUUCUCUACUCAUUCUUCAACUACGUGGAUCUCAUCAAGAGGGACCCUUCAACAUUAGGAACUCGUAGAUGGUCACUGUAUUCCCGUCUGUACUUGAGACACUUCAAUGAACUGGACCAUGAAUUUCAGGCUAGACUUAACCGAGGUUAUCGUCCCGCCAAGAAAUACAUGAACUCCUUCAAUUCCAACAUACUUGCCAUAAUCUGCCAGAACAUAGCUUUCUUUGCCGGAGCCAUUCUUGCUGUGCUCGUCAUCCUGGUUGUGUACGAUGAGGAUGUCCUCACAGUGGAGCAUGUCCUCACAACCACUACACUACUCGGUGUGCUUAUCACCAUUUGUCGAACAUUUAUUCCAGAUGAGAAUUUGAUAUUUUGUCCAGAAACCUUGAUGCAGAGCAUUCUGGCUCAGAUCCACUACAUACCAGACUCCUGGAAGGGUCGUGCCCACACCUACAAAGUCAGGGACGAGUUCUCACAACUUUUCCAGUACAAAGCGACCUAUUUCCUGGAGGAGCUUCUGAGCCCUCUCUUGACACCCCUCAUGCUAUUCAGGCUACGAGGCAAGGUGCUAGACAUCGUGGACUUCUACCGCAAUUUUUCCGUGGACGUGGUUGGAGUAGGGGACGUGUGCUCAUUUGCGCAGAUGAACAUCCGAACACAUGGCAAUCCUAAGUGGAUGACAGAAGGGAAAUCUGAAGCCACUCAAUACCAGCAGGCCGAGGAUGGCAAGACAGAACUCUCUUUAAUGCAUUUCACGAUGACAAAUCCAAAAUGGAAACCCCCACAGGAAAGCAAGGUUUUUAUCAACGCCCUGAAGGAACAAGCCCAGAAAGACGUCCAUCUCUUGAACACUGUUGAGGCUGAAAACACGGCCCUGGCCACCUCACUGAGGUCCUUGUCAUCAUUGGAAGGCGGGUACAGCAGCAUACUGGGCAGCCUGGCCAUCCAGCAGGGCAUGACCAGCCUGCCGCCUACCAUCAUGCCGCCCCUGGGCACCCCCAGGGGGAUCGAGAGCAUGAUGGCACAGGGGUCAGUCACUGCCAACACCACCAAAAUACGGGGGGCGGUCUCCAGCACUGAAGGCCCCCUGCAGGGGGAGUCCACCGGGCUUCUCGGAAGCGUGACUGGUUCAGGCCCCCUUCAGACAAGCCUAGGUCCCCUGUCGGAGGAGAAUGUGCCGAUGUCAAUGGUCACCACAGUCCUAUCGCCGCAGUGUGUUGACAGCACCAACGACAUGAACUUCAGCGCCCUCUACAUGCAUCAGCUUCAUGAUCGGCGUGUGGCUCUAACGGACUCCCAGGCUCCUUCCCACAGUUCCCCUGCCGAUGGGGGUGAUGACGAGGAUGAGGCUGCCAGGCGACACUGGGGCCUUGAGGCUGACUGUCAGCUGGUCGACAGGCCACCAGCCUCCACUCCUGGGCCCCGCAGCCCCCUAAGGGAGGAAGAGGUGUUCCACUCCCUGCCAGGGCUGACCACCCUGGCCACGUUGGACGAGGGGAAUCUGGUGGACUCUGGCAGACCCAACGACGUCAACAUCUAGAACCAAGGAAGUUCGGUGGCCAUUGGAGAUGUCAGGGAGAGCGAUAGGGAUGAAUGUGGGGCCAAGAACAGCGAGAGAGAGGGCUUGGUCAUCGUCCCGGAACUGUUUUGACAGAAGAAGGAUGGCUGUCAGAAACUGAAUGCCAUGAUGGAUUGGUGGCCAUAUGAAAUGGGGGCCAUUGCUGCUACUACUGGCCACCAUUGGCCUCCAAAUUACACUCGGGUUUUAUUAUGGACUGUGUUGCCGGGCACAAACCUGGGCUGUGUGUAGUGGCUGAAAUGGCCCGUGGUCACAUGAAUCGAUGGCCAUAGGGGACAGAUGGCCACAGUGGAAUAGUGGCCCUAACAGCCUCCUGGCUAUAUGAACUGGUGGCAUACUUGAAGAGUAGCCACAGUGGACGGGGAACAUUUGAUGUGCAAGCACAUUGGACAAAAGUCUUCGAUUCACAGGAAGCUGUAAUUACACAUGUACAUGUUUAACAGUAAUAUCCUUACACCCAUUGUGAAACAGUUUGUAUGCAUUCCCAAUUGUCUGAGGUCCCCCUCUCAAAAAACGUUUAAAGCUUGUUUCGUAUAAUUGCAUAUAUGUGGUCCAUUCAUUUACGGUACUACUGUCAAUUAAUAUCCUACUGUAGUAUGUAUCUGCUCAGACCUCUUCUCAUCUCUGGUCAAUGUCACUGUCAAGGAAUUUGUCACCCUGUGUAAGACUACUGGUGGCCUUGAAUAUCUUUAAACUCUCAUUUUGUGGACUUGAUGGUCGAUACGCGCACAGAAUGUACAUCAUCCUGCAGUAUCGGUCGGUGCAUUAAGUACCCACAAGUUGUGACUUAUGCUCUUCCUUCUAAAAACAGUCUGACCUCAGAUGAGACGUACUUUGGGUAUUAAAGAGAGACAUCUUUAGCUCUUAUUUCCACUCGCGGUGUGGUGUUCAGGUAGUCUCUUGCCAGCUCCCACGACACUGUUUUAGACAGGCAGUGCGUCUGCUGGGCACAGCUCAAUAAGGGCAUCAGUGAAAACCUUACCGGCUGCAAUUUGCUAGCGAGCGCUGUUGUGGUUUUUGAGUAGCUGCGCAGCACGAAAUUGGGGGCCACGGGUACCGCUGCAGGGGGGAUGUAUGUGGGAAUGAUUGCGUUCAUUGCAAUCUCCGUUCACAUCCAUGUUCAUUUAGCAAACCAUAGGAGAUAAUACUUUUGAGAAAAAGAAAAAAAUGAGGGUCUCUCCUAGGUUUUCAACUCAUUUCAGGCUUCAGUGGGUGGGAGUUUUGUAUUGACGUGUAUUAGGCAUGUCAUGGCUGGCAAAAGUGUAUUGAAUGCCCGUACCGCUGUUCGUCUUCAUAAGGGUGCUUGUAAAUAAAUGCAGUAUUGUAGAUGAAAAGACCACUGUCAAAAACAUCACUUUAUAGUGAGGUGUUAAUUCGGAUUUUGGCUAUCUUGAAUCUAACUUGUAAAUUAUAAUGAUGUUUGUAUCUGUACCAAAAAAAUUUCUUCAUUGGAAGGGAAUGAAUAUUGUACUGGGAAGAAGUGCCGUAUGUGUGGUCGUAUGUAUCCAUUUUAUUCAAGAAUACAGUUGCAUAGGCCUACAUUAUAUUGUUGACCAAAAAGUGUAGACGGUAGUACAGUUUGUUUAUCGAAAAGCUAUUCAGGUAUGUGAGAUACCAGUCCAUUUACGAAAAUAACCUGUUCGGUAUUCCAACUGCGCAUGUCUGAAAUGGAAAGCGUCAGAGGCCAUUCGGGAACAGCAAUACACGCGCACGAGGUUUGCCCUGGCGUGCUUUGUUCUCGAAUGACCUUGCCUUGUUGAAAUGCCGAAUACUGUAUUUGUGUUUAGUGUCAGAAUGCACGAAAUUCAAAUCGUCUCAGUGGAGUUUAGAUGUAGAUCCUGGGACAUGACGUCACGCAGUGUUGCAUUAUGGGAGCCGGGCAGACUGCACGGCGUGCAUUAUUUUUGCAAGCAUGGCGCACACGUCGAUGAUUUCCAUCAUCUGGAUUAAGUUUUUAAGACCUAAGUCCGGAUGUUACAGUUUUCAGACCAGAAACUGUAAUCCGCUUUGAGUAUUAAAAUUGUAGACUACCAUUAUAUAUAUUUAUAUAUUAACAAGGCCUCAGUUGAUGUAUUGCCCCACUUUCACAGUGAAUUUUACUUCAAAGUGAUCAUAGUGAAAAGAGAAAGAAAAAGCAGCAAAUUAUUUACCGAAAGCGUUCGUGGUUACAAGCAGGACUUAGUUUAAUUCGCACUUUCUGUGAGUUUUUUGGUAUUCAAGAUUGCAAUCAUUCGAACUGGUGUUGGAAUGGUGGAUUAAGACCAGAUUGGGGGUGGGGGGAAGCCCUCACCCCCGAGCCAUGUUUGAAAAGAAUUGUUAAAAACAUCCCAAUUUUCGCAAUUUUGGACUAGGUCUCGUAAAAUUACUGUAUAAGUUUACAUUUUGGCUGUAUGUUUUGUACAUGAAUUAUACACGUAAAGAAGUUGUUAUAUAAUUAUUUAUGCACGUUCAGUUAAUGCGCAACUGCUCAUCGUUUGGAUUUUUUAAUUGCUUGUAUAAUUACCUUUUACAAAUGUUCAGGUAAUUGAGCUCACAAACUUGUAUUUUUAACUUAAUCUGUUUGGAUAACUUGUGUCUUUAUUCGGGUUUAUUUAUUAUGUGCGAUGGAUACAAUAUUGGAAAUGUAUGCCAAUUUCGUAAUAUGACGUUUUCGCGGAUUCAGUGUUGGUCUUUUUUUUUCAUUCCUUGUGCAGAAUUUGCAAUGAUACCCUUCGAUGGUAUCCGAAUGGGUGUCUUGCAUGAGGAACAGUGGGGUAAAAUGGAAAAGGCGUGUGUUGAAAGAGUUAGACAUUCUCAGGUCUUUUUUUUUUUUUUUGUCAUUCGUAUCAUUCGAAAUAUGUAACAGAAACAACUUCCGUCACGUUGGAAAGCAUAUUUACGCCCGGCUGCAUAAAUGUAGUUUUAAUAGUAUACAGACUGAUUUAUAAACUGUGUUCAUUUUGAAGGUCUAGGGUUGAAAAUAAAACCAAUUCUGUUGAAAUUUUG